CCUUUAUCUCUCGCUAACAAAGUGUCUGGUUUUUGGGAGUAGGGAGGUGCGGCUGGGGACACUGGAAGUUUGGGGAUAAUGUGAGCAACAGGACUGUAUUUAUUUAUUAAAAAAAAUCCAACCCCCAAAGUUGGGAGGUGAAGAUUCUCUUUCUGGAGCAUUCGGGCACCUUCUGCUGGGGGUCCUGCAAGCUUCGUGAGUGCCAAACAGUGAAUUAUGGGCUGGGUAUCCACCAGUGCAUCAUGAAGAUUGACUUUAUUUUUGCCCUCUUGAAGUUCACAUGCUUUAUGAAUUCACUCUCUCUUCUAUCUCACUGCCAUCUCCGUCAAUAUUGUCAUCACUUCUAGAAAACAAGAAUUUUAGGCUUGGGCUUUGGCUCUCCCUUUCCUUCCUCCUGGAACACCAGUGUCACCUUUGUGUUCUACCAAAACAAAUCACUGUAGGUUAUUUUGCCCUUCAGAGAAGUGCACCAUUGGAGAAGUCACUUCAUGUACCCUGUACUUCUGAGAUAAAAGCCUCUGGUUCCUAAGGAUAAUUGAGAUAUUUCCUUGGGAGGAGACACUUCUUCUUGGUCACUUUCCACUUACUCUCCUGUUCUCUGUCUGCUCUUCUUCUCUUCCUUUUGGAUUUAAAAUUUGGUGUUGACUGCUGGGGUUCUCCUCCCAGUAGUGUGGCUUCUUUUUUUCUCCUAGGGAAGAGCAGAUUCUUGAAACAAUGGGCUUCACUCUGCAUUCUAUCUACUUCACCUUGAAGGUGAGUUUGCUGCUGGGCUCCUUGCUGGGUCUCUGUUUGGGUCUGGAGUUCAUGGGCAUCCCCAACCAGUGGGCCCGCUACCUCCGCUGGGAUGCCAGCACUAGGAGCGAACUCAGCUUCCAGUUCAAGACCAAUGUCUCUGCUGGGCUGCUUCUCUAUUUUGAUGAUGGUGGUGUCUGUGACUUCCUCUGUGUGUCCCUGGUUGAUGGGCGCAUCCAGCUGCAGUUCAGUGUGGACUGUGCGGAGACCACAGUUGUCACAGACAAGCAGGUAAACGACAGCAGCUGGCACUUCCUGAUGGUCAGCCGCAAUCACCUUCGGACGGUGCUAGUGCUGGAUGGCGAAGCCAAGCCGGGUGAGGUGCGUCCACAACGCCAGUAUAUGAACAUCGUCAGUGACCUUUUUAUUGGUGGAGUCCCACUGGACAUUCGUCCUGCUGCCUUGACUCUUGAUGGUGUCCUGAGUGAGCCUCCAUUUCAAGGAUUUAUCCUGGAUCUUAAAUACGGCAAUUCUGAGCCACAGCUCCUGGGCAGUCAAGGGGUCCGGCUGGAAAUGGAAGGACUUUGCUCAGAAAACCCCUGUGAAAAUGGUGGCACAUGCUUCCUUCUGGAUGGUGAGCCACACUGUGACUGCUCAGCCACUGGAUAUGCUGGCAAGCUGUGUUCUGAAGAUGUCAAUCAUAUUCCAGGCCUCUCACACCUGAUGAUGAGUGAACAAGGUAGAAGUAAAGCGCGAGAUGAGAACAUGGCCACUUUCCGUGGCUCCGAAUACCUUUGCUACGACCUGUCACAAAACCCCAUCCAGAGCAGCAGUGAUGAGAUCACGCUCUCCUUCAAGACAUGGCAACGCAACGGGCUCAUUCUGCACACGGGCAAGUCAGCUGACUACGUCAACCUGGCCCUGAAAGACGGUGCAGUCUCCUUGGUCAUCAACCUGGGGUCUGGGGCCUUUGAGGCCAUCGUGGAGCCGGUCAACGGCAAGUUCAAUGACAACGCGUGGCACGACGUUAAGGUGACACGCAACCUGCGGCAGGUGACAAUCUCUGUGGAUGGCAUCCUUACCACCACGGGCUACACACAGGAGGACUACACCAUGCUGGGCUCAGAUGACUUCUUUUACGUGGGAGGGAGCCCCAGUACUGCCGAUUUACCUGGGUCUCCAGUAAGCAAUAACUUCAUGGGCUGCCUCAAAGAGGUUGUUUAUAAGAAUAAUGACAUUCGUCUGGAGCUGUCUCGCUUGGCACGGAUUGGUGAUACUAAGAUGAAGAUCUAUGGGGAAGUGAAAUUCAUAUGUGAAAAUGUGGCUACACUGGAUCCCAUCAGCUUUGAGACACCUGAGGCCUAUAUUAGUCUGCCUAAAUGGAAUACCAAGAGGAUGGGCUCUAUCUCAUUUGAUUUCCGAACCACUGAACCCAAUGGACUGAUCCUUUUCACCCACGGCAAGCCUCAGGAGAGAAAAGAUACCAGAAGCCAGAAAAAUACAAAGGUAGACUUUUUUGCAGUUGAGCUUCUAGAUGGAAACCUCUACUUGCUGCUGGACAUGGGCUCUGGGACCAUUAAAGUCAAGGCCACACAGAAGAAAGCCAAUGAUGGAGAGUGGUAUCAUGUGGAUAUUCAACGAGAUGGAAGAUCGGGUACUAUAUCAGUGAACAGCCGACGCACACCGUUCACCGCUAGCGGGGAGAGUGAGAUCCUAGAUCUGGAAGGUGACAUGUACCUGGGUGGGCUGCCCGAGAACCGGGCAGGACUCAUCCUUCCCACAGAGCUCUGGACAGCAAUGCUGAACUACGGCUACGUCGGCUGUAUCCGAGACUUGUUCAUUGACGGACGAAGCAAGAACAUCCGGCAGCUGGCAGAGGCGCAGAAUGCCGCCGGAGUCAAGUCCUCCUGCUCCCGCCUCAGCACCAAGCAGUGCGACAGCUACCCGUGUAAGAACAAUGCAGUCUGCAAGGAUGGCUGGAACCGCUUCAUUUGUGACUGCACUGGCACUGGCUACUGGGGUAGAACAUGUGAGCGAGAGGCCUCUAUCUUGAGCUAUGAUGGCAGCAUGUACAUGAAGAUCAUCAUGCCUAUGGUUAUGCACACAGAAGCAGAGGAUGUGUCCUUCCGUUUCAUGUCCCAGCGUGCUUAUGGGCUGCUGAUGGCAACCACCUCCCGAGACUCUGCUGACACCCUGCGCCUGGAGCUGGAUGGAGGCCGGGUCAAACUUAUGGUCAAUUUAGACUGUAUCAGGAUAAACUGUAACGCCAGCAAGGGACCUGAAACUCUUUAUGCUGGGCAGAAACUCAAUGACAAUGAGUGGCACACUGUCCGCGUGGUGCGGCGAGGAAAGAGCCUCAAGCUGAUCGUGGAUGACGAUGUUGCUGAGGGCACAAUGGUUGGUGAUCAUACCCGCUUGGAGUUCCACAACAUUGAGACAGGGAUCAUGACAGAGAAACGGUACAUCUCUGUCAUCCCCUCCAGCUUCAUUGGCCAUCUCCAGAGCCUCAUGUUCAACGGGAUGCUCUACAUUGACCUGUGCAAGAACGGGGACAUUGACUACUGCGAGCUGAAGGCACGCUUUGGUCUCCGCAACAUUAUAGCUGACCCUGUGACAUUCAAGACUAAGAGCAGCUACUUGAGCUUGGCCACCCUGCAGGCUUAUACAUCCAUGCACCUCUUCUUUCAGUUCAAGACAACCUCAGCUGAUGGUUUCAUCCUCUUUAACAGUGGUGAUGGCAAUGACUUUAUCGCAGUUGAACUAGUCAAGGGGUAUAUACACUACGUGUUUGACCUUGGAAAUGGACCUAAUGUUAUCAAAGGCAACAGUGAUCGUCCUCUCAAUGACAACCAAUGGCACAAUGUUGUCAUUACCAGAGAUAACAGUAACACACACAGCUUAAAAGUGGAUACUAAGGUGGUCACUCAGGUUAUCAACGGGGCCAAAAAUCUGGAUCUUAAAGGUGAUCUUUACAUUGCUGGCCUAGCUCAAGGCAUGUAUAGCAACCUCCCGAAGCUUGUGGCCUCACGUGAUGGAUUUCAGGGCUGUCUGGCAUCUGUAGACUUAAAUGGGCGUCUGCCUGACCUUAUCAACGAUGCUCUGCACCGCAGCGGGCAGAUUGAGCGUGGAUGUGAAGGGCCGAGCACUACCUGCCAAGAAGAUUCCUGUGCCAAUCAGGGUAUCUGUAAUCAGCAGUGGGAAGGCUUCACCUGUGAUUGCUCCAUGACUUCAUAUUCUGGGAGCCAGUGUAAUGAUCCUGGUGCCACAUAUAUCUUUGGGAAGAGUGGAGGUCUCAUCCUGUACACCUGGCCAGCUAAUGACAGACCAAGCACAAGGACAGACCGUCUUGCUGUGGGCUUCAGCACAACAGUGAAGGAUGGCAUUCUUGUCCGGAUUGACAGUGCCCCUGGGCUUGGUGAUUUUCUGCAGCUGCACAUAGAGCAAGGCAAGAUCGGUGUAGUCUUCAAUAUUGGCACAGUGGACAUCUCUAUUAAAGAGGAAAGCACACCUGUAAAUGAUGGCAAAUACCACGUAGUACGCUUUACCAGGAACGGUGGCAAUGCAACACUUCAGGUCGACAGCUGGCCAGUGAAUGAGCACUACCCCACAGGCAACACUGAUAGUGAACGGUUCCAAAUGGUAAAACAGAAAAUCCCCUUCAAAUAUAACCGGCCUGUAGAGGAGUGGCUGCAGGAAAAAGAUGAUGCUACACCGCAUCACCACUUGACUUCGAGACCUGCCACGACGACUAAAAUUGGACGACAGUUAACGAUCUUCAACACCCAGGCGCAAAUAGCCAUAGGAGGGAAGGACAGAGGGCGUCUCUUCCAAGGCCAGCUCUCCGGGCUCUAUUACAAUGGCCUGAAAGUGCUGAACAUGGCGGCAGAGAACAACCCCAACAUUAAAAUCAAUGGAAGCGUCCGACUCGUUGGGGAAGUCCCUUCCAUCUUAGGAACAACGCCCACAACAUCGGUGCCACCAGAAAUGUCGACUACAGUUAUGGAAACAACAACCACGAUGGCAACCACUACCACCCGUAAAAAUCGUUCCCCGCCCAGCAUCCAGACAACAGAUGACAUCGUUUCAUCAGCUGAAUGUUCCAGUGAUGAUGAAGAUUUCAUUGACUGUGAACCCAGUACAGGUAAGUCAGGAGGUGAAUUAGUUAUCCCUCUACUUGUAGAAGACCCUUUAGAUAUCCCUCCUAUUGCUACUCGUGCACCUUUCAUUACACUUCCCCCUACCUUUCGCCCCCUCCUCACCAUUAUUGAGACCACCAAAGAUUCCCUGUCCAUGACCUCUGAGGCGGGGUUACCUUGCUUGUCGGACCAAGGCAGCGAUGGUUGUGAUGAUGAUGGCUUGGUGAUAUCUGGGUAUGGCUCAGGGGAAACCUUUGACUCUAACCUACCCCCUACUGAUGAUGAAGAUUUUUACACCACCUUCUCCUUGGUAACAGAUAAGAGUCUUUCCACUUCAAUCUUCGAAGGUGGCUACAAAGCACACGCACCCAAGUGGGAAUCCAAGGACUUUAGACCUAACAAAGUCUCCGAAACUGGUAGGACUACUACCACGUCUUUGUCCCCUGAGCUGAUCCGCUCCACAGCUUCGUCCUCGACUGUGAUGAUUCCCAAAUUGCCAGCCGGCAAAAUGAAUAACCGUGAGCUCAAACCCCAGCCUGACAUAGUCUUGCUUCCGUUGCCCACUGCCUAUGAGCUAGACAGCACAAAGCUGAAGAGCCCGCUAAUCACUUCCCCCAUGUUCCGUAAUGUGCCCACAGCAAACCCCACGGAGCCGGGAAUCAGACGGGUUCCGGGGGCCUCAGAGGUGGUCCGUGAGUCGAGCAGCACAACGGGGAUGGUCGUCGGCAUUGUGGCUGCUGCCGCCCUCUGCAUCCUCAUCCUCCUGUACGCCAUGUACAAGUACAGGAACAGGGACGAGGGGUCCUAUCAGGUGGACGAGACGCGGAACUACAUCAGCAACUCAGCCCAGAGCAACGGCACGCUCGUCAAGGAGAAGCAGCAGAGCUCAAAGAGUGGCCACAAGAAGCAGAAAAACAAGGACAAAGAGUAUUAUGUGUAAAAAAGAAUAAUUAUUUAUAUAUAAAUAUAGAAGUACUUAAUGAGAUUUAACUGAGAUAUCAGAACCAUUGCAGCGAACGAGAUGAUUGGGAGAUAUCAUUUGUGGGAAAAAAUAUUGGGAAAAAAUUUCAGCAGUGACUGUUAAUGUCUAAGUCAUCACUUGGAGUCAGCAAACUUUGCCCUAAUGUAUUAUAAAGCACACUUAGCGUUCUGGAGAUGGCGCGCACAGCUCUGCUCUGUUAGUGAACUUGGACAUCUCCAAAUCUCCUCCUCCGCUGAACUUUCUGCAAAGGUAGAAGACUUCAUGGCUUACUUGUUUCAUAUCUCCAAGUGAGUCUUUAACAAUGUUCGUGAUCCCUGACUGUAUCAAUAAUUUUUCAGUUUACUUAUUAAAAAAAAAAAAAAAAA